AUGAAUCAAAACAAGUCAUUCACAUUAUUAAGUGUUGAGGAAGUUAGUGAUGAUGAUAAACAAAUCAAGAUCACCACUUCUACUGCCACUACCAGCACUUCCCAACAAGAUCAACAAAUUGCUCUCAAUGCUGAAGAUCUAUCCAUGGUAUUUGAUAUUACAUGGUAUGAUUACAUUGAUCCUGGUUCGAACAAAUCAUUGACCAUUCACUAUGCUGAUAUUGAUGAGUGCAAUAUCAGUGUUGAUGAUCACUGUUCAUCAUCAACUACCAAGCAAAGCUCUUCUGACAUUUCUAGUGAGAGCAGAAAAUCAAGCAUUGGAAGUGAUGAUCUUCAACUCAGUAACAAUUCACGCCUCAGAAACAAGAACAGAAUGGAUUAUUUCCACAAUGUGAGAAGGGAAUUGUUGCCACUCAUAUUUACUUGUAUUCCUUUUUUAGUGUUCAAUUUGUGCAUUCUUAUUCUCGGUCUUGAGGAUAUGAUUGUUGUUGGACACAUUAACUCAAAUCGUUCAGGACUUGCCACUCUGAACAAUACUGUUACACAAGUAGAUUUUAGUCAACCAGGUGCACUUACAGAACUCUACGGAUUUGAUUAUGCGCUGAAUAUCAACUCUACCUCACUUUAUCCCACAACAUCUGAAUACCUAGCUUCUUUGACCUUAGCUACUUCACUAUUCAAUGGAUUAAGUAUUAUAGUUCUUGGAUUGAUUGGUAAUGGUCAAGAGCCGUUGAUCUCUAAAGCUUUUGGUAACAAGGAUGGUAAUUUAAUUAUUGCUGAAUGGAUUAGAAGUCUCCUUCUUCAAACUCUAUUCAUGAUACCUGUCUCCAUUAUAAUGUUCUUCUCUGGUUAUAUUGCAAUGCUAUUCGAGUUGGUUGAAACAACACCAGAAGGUCUAAUUAGUAGACAAGUUGUUACUCAACUCACCAUAACAUUUAUGAGAUAUCUUAUUCCAGGUUUGUUCCCUUUCAUUUAUUCCAGAAGUUUGUAUUCGUUUAUGGUCGCUCAAAAGAUUUAUUGGCCUAGUAUUGCAGUUUGUAUUGUAUGCGUUGUGUAUAAUGUCUUGAUGAGCUUCUUCCUUGUGGGUGGAGUCGGUGAUUUUAAGGGUAUUGGUUUUUAUGGAAGUGCCAUUGCUACCUCGUCCACUAGAUGGCUCAUGUUCAUUGGUUUUUUCAUCUUGAUGGUAUUUGUAAUCAUUUGUAAGAAGGAAAUGAGACAAAUGUUCAAAAACUUCUCACUUAAAGAGAUUAUCUAUGCUACCACAUCCAAAACAGGUGAAUUGCCUCAAGAUGAAAAACUCCCAACCACUAUCAACGUAACUCCAUUCAAAAAAGAAAAGUCGUUAAAGGGAAUAUUUGAUCAUUUGAAAAUUUCUUUUCCUGGUUCCAUAAUGAUGAGUUCUGAAAUUUGGGGAAGUGAGCUUUCAACUUUUAUUGCUGGAUUUUUAGGUAAUACUCAAUUGUCUGUUCACGGUAUUGUUCUAUCCAUCUCUAAUUUUGCCUAUUUGAUUCCUAUGAGUUUAUCUAUGGCUAGUACUGUUUGUAUUGCUCAUCGUUUUGGAAGAGGUGAUUACAAAUCAGUAAGAUACAGUUCACAUGCAAAUAUCAUACUCUCCUCUUUCAUUAUGGUAAUAACAGUAAUUGUAGUGGCAUGUACUAUUGUUGUUUUACCAAAAAUUUAUACCAGUGAUUCAACUCUAAUUUAUGAAUCGAUUAGAAUUUUACCUAUUUGUUUGAUAUUCCUUAUUGUUGAUGGUUUUCAAGCUAUUUUUGGUGGUAUUCUGAGAGGUUUAAACAAGCCAUUUGUUUGUGCUGUAAUUGGUGUGAUUGGAUACUUUGUUAUUGGCUUUCCUUUCGGUUGUGUUUUGGCUUUCGUAUUAGAUUGGGGAUUAUUGGGAGUAUGGAUAGGUUUUACUCUUAGUCUUGCAAUCAUUGCAAUUCUGCAAGGUUCGUAUUGGCUUUUAAUCUCAAAACAAGCAAAGAAAUUAGCCAAGAAAAACUAUUUAGCUCAACAAUUAGAAGAGCUCAAAAAGACAAGUUUGACUGCAUCCACCCCAUAUUUAAGUACUCACGGAUUGCUCAACAAGGUUUAA